AUGUCCUAUGUCAUCCACAUCUCCUCAGACGAAGAAGAGGAUGACGAGGUUCAGCUCUUAGAGUUCCGCAAGCGCACUCAGGAGCUUAUAGAUCAGGCGCCUCCGAAAAUUGUCAAGAAGCUCAACGAAGCUGAAUGCCCGAUCUGCUUCGACACUGUCACCAACGCAACCACCACCUUCUGUGGCCAUGUCUUCUGCUUGGAGUGUCUUCAGCAAAGCAUAGCUGCCUCUUCAGCGCAGGGCCAAACAAGGGGGAAAAGGGGCGUUGGGUUGUGCCCGAUGUGUAGAAAACAGACGGCUUUCAAGGAUGCCUUGGUGCUACGGCUACGUACUGGACCCAAGGUGGAGCCACCAAAAGAUAAGAUCGACAACAAUGAUCUGGCUGGUGAAGAAGAUAUUUUUAUUGACACCACGAACCUUAUGAGGGGUGUGAAGCGGAAACACACUGAUGAUGAAGAGGAGGAGAAGCCGAAUGACGAGGUGGGUUUAUUUGUGGAGUGA